CCUAAUCCCUGGAUCCUGGUGCUGUUGGCAGGGCUGGAAGCCUCUGGGAUGUCUUCCAGGAGAGUUUCCUCAGAGAGCCUUCCUCCACUCUCACCUCUGGCCGAUGAAGAGGAGGAAAAUUUGCCCAGUGUUCUGUCCUAUCGAGAACCCAAAUUCUUCAUGGAAGGGAUGUUGGUGUGGUGCAAGCUGCGGCGCUAUCCCUACUGGCCAGCCGUGGUGAAAGCAGUGAAGAGGAAGCACCGGAGGGCCUGUGUGCUCUUCAUAGAUGGCACCACAAACGAGAAGAAAAAAGGGUAAAUGUUUA